AUGAUUUGCAUUUUGAUUUAUUUUAACCUUUAAUGUUCCAUGCAAUAAAGUUUACUUUGCUAAGUUAAGAACAAACUUUUGUUGUCAAUGCUCAUCAUUGUGAUUAUCUCAACAACGAAAAAGCAAAAUUGUGAUAACAUAAUUCAGUGUAUAAGCGUUUACGGUCUUCUCUUUUGACAAUAUUUGGAUCUGCCACGUACUUAACGAAGCCAAAAUCAACUAUAUUGUACCUUAAUAUUUGUUGUAGUAGAUAUUAAACGAAGUUAAAAACUUUAUCUAAUUUUGUAGUUUUUUAAGCGCAAACCAUUCAAAACGAUUGAAAUCUUUUGUAUAUUUUAUCGUAUCACUUGUUAAUCUUAUUAAGUGCCUUGUGACUUCGUGCUGUGAACAGUAGUUUUUAAAUACGAAAUGGCAACAGGUGUCGCACUAAAGUCUUUAAGACUUAAUAAUUUGCUCUCGGCGUCUUGCGUGAAGGCGUUAGCGUCCCAAUGCAGAAGCUUCACGAGUCAGCUGACGGAACAACAAAAAGAAUAUCAAGCAUUAUCUAAGGAAUUCGCCGACAAAUACUUGAAGCCGAACGCAGCGAAGCAUGACUUGGAAGGACGGUUCCCUUUUGAUGUGAUAAAAAAGCUGACAGCCACAGGCCUGAUGGGCGCCUGCGUCGACGAAGAAUACGGCGGCAAGGGUCUAGACUACUUGACACUGGCCGUCGCCGUGGAGGAGCUGUCCCGGGGUUGCGCCAGUACCGGCAUGAUCGUGUCCAUUCACAACUUCCUGUACGCGAACUUGGUGAACGAAAAGGGAACUCCCGAACAGAAGGAUCUGUUCCUGAGGGACUACACUAAGGGCUCUCUAGGAUGCUUCGCCCUCAGUGAACCUGGUGCAGGCACAGACGUGGCCAGUAUACGAACGAGGGCGAAGAAGGACGGCGACCAUUGGAUUCUGAACGGCGAGAAGAGCUGGGUCACGACCGCCGUCGAGGGAUCCGCUAAUAUCAUAUUCGCGACCUUUGACCCUGAGCUCAAGCACAAAGGAAUAGCUUGUUUCCUUGUCCCUAUGGACGUCGAUGGCGUAUUCAGAGGACGGAAAGAGGCCAUAAUGAGCGUCAGCGCUUGUUCUAGGGCCGUGACGUCAUGCGCCCUGACCCUCGAAGACGUGAGGGUGCCGCAGAGCUACCUGGUCGGGGAGCCGGGCGAAGGGUUCAAGAUCGCCAUGGAGCAGCUGGACCAGGGACGGAUCGGGAUCGCCGCCCACGCUGUGGGAAUAGCACAGGCGGCUCUGGACACCGCGAUCAAUUACGCCAAAGAGAGACAGGCGUUUGGGAAGCCCCUCUCCCGGUUGCCUUCUGUCAAGGAUCGUUUGACGGACAUGUGCAUACUGGUGGAGACGGCUCGGCUGGCGACGUACAGGGCGGCGACCGAGGUCAGCACCAAGAACAGCGCCAUGGCGAAGUACAUCGCGGGCCGGAACGCGGCCGCCGUGGCCGACCACUGCGUGCAGAUCUUGGGGGGCAAGGGACUCUCCACACGAUACUCGGCUGAGAGACAUUACAGGGAUGCCAGAGGUACUCAAAUAUACGGAGGAGUCACGGACAUACAGAAGCGUCUAGUUGGUCACUUCCUCCUGAAAGAGCACGACGCGCUAUGAUCGACUAGUGACGACCCACACCCUAGUCUUAUCGAUAAAAUAAUAUAUCGAUACCAGUAAAAUUUUAACUUCGCAAACUACGUUUUGAAAUGUGAUAAUCGUUUGUGGCUUAGAGAUGUGAAAUAAAUUAAUAAAUUAAUUAAUAUAAUAAAUUAGAAGCUGUUGUGACGGUGUCGAUAAUUUUCAAGUGAAUAAGACUGUUACGUUUAGUGCGCAAACAAAACUAUAAUGCAUUUAAUGACACUUAAUUUAUUGUAUCUUGAGUCGGAUGAACGAUAAUUUUGUGCUUAAUAAAAAUCAAACAUAAGGCUUAACCCUAUUAGUAAUUUUAACAGAAUAUAAAUUAUUAUUUUUAAUCCUUUAGUAUUAUUUCGUGUUCUGCUUCUUUGAAUCCCACUGUUUAAUUUUCGCCGUAUUAAUGUAUUUGAAAUAGUGUAAAUGUGCUCAUUUCUUUUGUUAAAGCGCCACCUAUAAUUGCUCAUUAGAAAACUGUUUUAGAGUUAAGAAACUUUUGAAUUUUUAACAGCGCCAUCUACCGACAGCCUCAGAAAGUUAAAAGUAAUUGUAUUUUGAAAAUAUUCUUUUAACGUUUAUUAUCAUCGACUUUUUGGAUAUUUUAUAGUUUUCAAGAAUAAAUAAGAAAUCAAUUGUAUUAUUUAUUAUUAAAUUUAUAAAUCAUUCCAUGUUUAAAAACUUGAGCACUAUUAAUCUUGUAAACAGUA